AUUUAGAUGCUGCAAGCACAGCCCUUGAACGUUUGAGUACCGCCGAAGCAGUGAAGUACCUGCAGUCACUGUCGGACGUUGGCUAAGUAUCAAAACGGGGACGGAUUGUGCCGCGCACUCGGCUCGAUACGUUCCUUCCUCUGGAACCCGCCCAAAUCUUCAGAAUCUAAUUUAGAGAUAAUUGUGCGUGGAAAUUCAGAACCGCCGGGAAGAGUACGGAAGUUCGGUUGCAGAACUCUGAUAUGAAAUGGAUCCAAUUGAAGCAACAAAAGAGCUUUCGUUUCGCGUCGGUUUUUCCGGCCACAGCGGCCAUCUCAGAGUCGAGCCUCUUUCAACUGUGGAGCGCUCCAGCCCUGUUAGAUCGCUCCCGGAUUUCAUACUUCCUCCCGCAUUUCCUAAGGAAACUCCCGAAACAAUAAAGGGCUACAUAGAAGAGACUUAUCUCCAGCCGAGGUUAGACCCUGAUGAAUUUUCCCCUGAAAAAGUGGGAAGACAAUGGGAUUUUGAUUGGUUUGAAAUGGCAAAAGUAUCUUUGGAUCCAUCACAACCAAGAUCAGUUGUGGUUCCCACUUGGGUGUUGCCAUUUGAACGACCAAAGAAGGACGGAACAACUGGAGGGACAUGGGAACCUUGUUCUGUGCAGGUGGAUGUUUCUGAGUUAAAUGUGGAAGCUCAAGAAUCUGGUUCACAGCCACGCAUGCCAGGACCGGCAAAAGAUUUUGUAAGGGGAAGCAUAAAUAAUCGUCCUUUUCGACCUGGUGGUUUGGAUGAUUCCCAAUCUGUUGAUAGAAUUCUUCCUGUUGCAGCUUCAAAUGGUGAGUGGGUUCAAGAAAUUCUAAAUGGUGGUCGUGCUCAAUUCGUUCCCCCUAUUUUAAAGCAAGGAUUGGACCUUGGUGAUCUCAAGGAAUAUCCUAACUCGUGGAACGUUUAUGAGGACCAAAGUUUAUUCAAGACCUCACCAGUUGAAAAUCUGCAGAAAGAAAUGUCUGUACAAUUUGAUGAUUUGUUCAAGAAGGCCUGGGAAGAGGAAGCCAUAGUAUCUGUGGAAGAUGGUGUGUGUUCUGGUGAAUCACCAAAAGCAGAAUCUAUUAAGUUAGAAGUUCAAGUAAAUGAGCUCGAAGGCACUAGCAUUGCACCUGCAUUGGAAAAAUCUGUGUUGGAUGAAAUUUUGUCCCUUGAUUCUGGAGGAUUGUCAUUAAGAUCCGAUCAAGCUACUGAUCAUGGUAGAGAACAGAAGAAGGAGGCUUGGGUUGUAGUUGGUGGUCGCGAAGAGAUUUCUUUGCACUUCCAUGAGCUUGUACCUGAUAUGGCCCUUGAUUUUCCUUUCGAAUUGGACACUUUUCAAAAGGAGGCUAUAUAUCAUCUUGAAAAAGGGGAUUCUGUAUUUGUUGCUGCACAUACAUCAGCUGGAAAGACUGUUGUUGCGGAGUAUGCAUUUGCGCUAGCCACUAAACACUGUACUAGGGCUGUAUAUACAGCUCCCAUCAAAACCAUCAGUAAUCAGAAGUAUCGGGAUUUUUGUGGGAAAUUUGAUGUUGGACUUUUGACUGGCGAUGUCAGCUUGAGGCCAGAGGCUUCUUGUCUUAUAAUGACAACCGAAAUAUUAAGGUCAAUGCUUUAUCGAGGUGCUGAUAUUAUUCGUGAUAUUGAAUGGGUAAUAUUUGAUGAGGUGCACUAUGUCAAUGAUGUUGAAAGAGGUGUUGUUUGGGAAGAAGUUAUCAUUAUGCUUCCAAGGCAUAUCAAUAUUGUCCUUCUUUCAGCCACGGUUCCAAACACUAUCGAAUUUGCUGACUGGAUUGGUAGGACGAAGCAAAAAAGAAUUCAUGUCACUGGGACUACCAAAAGACCAGUACCUCUGGAGCACUGCAUAUUUUAUUCUGGUGAAUCGUAUAAAAUAUGUGAAAAUGAAAUUUUCUUAUCUCAUGGACUAAAAGCUGCCAAAGAUGCAUCCAAGAAAAAAACUUCAAGUGUUGCUAGCGGAUCCCAUGUUGGGGCUUCAGCAUCAAAUGAUGGAGCAAGGAAUCGAAAAAAUGAAAGCUUUAAUCGAAUCAAACAGAAUAAGCAUUCAGGUUCCCAGAAUUUAGGGAACUUUUCAGGAACAAGUUGGGGAAAUCAAAAGAAUGGAGAUAGCCAAAACAAUUGGGGAUCAAGGAGAUCAGAUGCUUCUUCGUGGUUGUUACUUAUUAAUAAGCUCUCAAAGAGAUCUCUAUUACCCGUGGUUAUAUUUUGCUUCUCAAAAAAUCGUUGUGAUAAAUCAGCUGAUAGUAUCUACAGUAUUGACCUCACUAGUAGUUCUGAGAAAAGUGAAAUUCGCGUCUUUUGUGACAAAGCCUUUUCGCGUUUAAAGGGAUCUGACAGAACCUUACCCCAGAUUGUUAGAGUUCAAGGACUUCUUCAUAGAGGGAUUGGAGUGCAUCAUGCAGGUCUUCUUCCAAUUGUUAAAGAAGUUGUUGAAAUGCUAUUUUGUCGUGGCGUGAUAAAGGUUUUGUUUUCAACAGAAACGUUUGCAAUGGGAGUUAAUGCGCCAGCAAGAACGGUUGUUUUUGACACUUUAAGGAAGUUUGAUGGGAAGGAGUUUAGGCAGUUAUUACCUGGGGAAUAUACCCAAAUGGCAGGUCGUGCUGGUAGAAGGGGGUUGGAUAAAAUUGGAACUGUCAUUGUAAUGUGUCGUGACAAGAUUCCAGAAGAGAAGGAUUUGAAGCGUGUGAUAGUUGGAAGUGCUACCAAGCUUGAAUCUCAAUUCCGUUUGACGUAUAUUAUGAUCCUACAUCUUCUUCGGGUGGAAGAGCUAAAGGUAGAAGACAUGUUAAAAAGAAGUUUUGCUGAAUUCCAUGCACAGAAGAAACUCCCUGAAAAGCAGCAACUUUUAAUGCGAAAGCUAGCUCAACCUACGAGAACUGUAGAAUGUAUUAAAGGUGAGCCAGCCAUUGAGGAAUACUACGAUUUAUAUGCUGAAGCUGAGAAGAAUAGCAACCAGGUCUCAGAAGCAGUCAUGCAAUCAUCUGCAAUUCAACAAUUUCUUACUCCGGGAAGAGUGGUCGUCGUAAAAUCACAAUCUGACAAAGAUCACCUACUUUCAGUCAUUGUCAAAGCCCUUCCCAUGGCUAGCAGGCAGUAUAUUGUUCUGGUGCUAAAACCUGAUUCACCACCUGUCCAAAGUUCCUCAAGUGAUGACUCAGUCAAGAAAAAAGAGGAUUUCCCCCAAGGUUACUUUAUGGUACCAAAGUCAAAACGUGGCCUUGAAAAUGAUUAUUAUUCUCCAUCUACACGUAAAGGAUCUGGUGUUGUGAAUAUAAGAUUACCACAUGCUGGUGCUGCGGCAGGAGUAAGUUAUGAGGUUAGAGGAGUUGAUGCCAAAGAAUUUGUGUGUGUGUGCAAUAAAAAGAUACAAUUAAACCCAGGUAGGCUUCUUGAAGAUGUAAACAAUGUUGCUUACUCCCAGACAGUUCAACAACUGUUGGAUAUAAAAUCUGAUGGGAAGUUUCCUCCAGCCCUCGAUCCGUUAAAAGACUUGAAGUUAAAAGAUGUGAAUCUUGUGGAGGCAUACAAGGGUUGGACUGGCUUAGUGCUAAAGAUGGUAGCUAACAAAUGCCAUGGCUGUAUAAAACUGGGGGAACACCUGAAAUUAGCAGCAGAGAUAAAGAAACACAAAGAGGAAGUCAAUAACCUUAAGUUUCAAAUGUCAGACGAAGCACUUCAACAAAUGCCCGACUUUCAGGGCCGGAUUGACGUUUUAAAGGAAAUCGGCUGUAUAAAUGCUGACCUGGUCGUUCAAAUCAAAGGACGUGUUGCCUGCGAGAUGAACUCUGGGGAGGAGUUGAUCUGUACAGAGUGUUUAUUUGAGAAUCAAUUGGAUGACCUCGAACCAGAAGAAGCUGUGGCGUUAAUGUCUGCUUUCGUGUUCCAGCAGAGAAAUACUUCCGAACCUUCCCUUACCCCGAAGCUGUCUAUGGCUAAAAAAAGAUUGUACGAGACAGCUAUACGACUUGGAAAGCUUCAAGCCCAGUUCAGACUCCCAGUUGAUUGCGAGGAGUACGCUCGAGACAAUCUCAAGUUCGGUCUUGUCGAAGUAGUCUACGAAUGGGCAAAAGGAACUCCAUUUGCGGAUAUUUGUGAGCUCACAGAUGUUCCUGAAGGCAUGAUAGUGAGAACUAUAGUCAGAUUGGACGAAACGUGUCGAGAAUUCAAAAACGCAGCGGCGAUUAUGGGAAAUUCUGCACUGCAUAAGAAGAUGGAGACUGCGUCGAAUGCUAUAAAGCGCGAUAUCGUGUUUUCUGCUAGUUUGUACAUCACUGGACUCUGAAAUGGCCAAUUCUAAGGUAUGUUGCUUCUUCAAUUCAUGAAAUUACAUGAGUCAAUUCAGAAUAGAAUGUUGAACUAUAGUAGGCAUAGAGUUUUGUACAUUAUCAUGUACUCUUUUUGUUAGUUAGAAAAGUGUCGAGAGAAAACAAGAUGAUCAGUUCAAUGAUACGAGCCUAUAAGUUUUCAUCUGC